AAAAAUUAAGCAUUUUUAAGUAGCCAUUCGUUUAUUAAAGCCCAUUCGGAACAUAUUUUUUUUGUAGAAAAGAAAAAUUCUUAGGACCUCAUUAAUAAAUCAGUUUUCACUAGAUAGUAACAUUAUUUUUUAAGGCUGGGCUACGUUAAUUAACGUUAACGUUAACGCUGGGCUACGUUAAAAAUAACAUAUAGUAUUAUAAAAAAAAAUAUUGUUCAUGACAAUAAUCAGUUACAGUUAGUGCCGUCGUCCUAAUUCGAAUACCGAAUGGACAACAGUUUUCAUUUUUACUUCACUUUAGAUAAACUAUACUAUAUUUUACCGUGUGGUCCCGACGCAGAAUAGGCCACCCCUUCCGUGGGUGUCGUAAGAGGCGAAGGGAAGGCGAGGGAUAGCCAGCAGCGUCCCUUUUAAAACAUCUCCAAAGCCUAACUGCAGUUCCCAAUCCGCCUAUCAAGCUGAAAAUCAGUGCUUUGCUUUCAGCAUUGAGCUGUAGCCUACUUGGGUCACUGCGACACACUUGGUGAAAACAUAUUUCCCUACUUUAUCUUUUGUUUUAUAUUUAAAAAGAUGUAAAAUAAUCUGAUUGUAUAAACUCAUUUGUUAAUUGACGUGCGUCAUAAAUGGCUCAAAUAAAGUGUUUAUCUAUUUAUCUAUCUAUCUAGCAAAACCCUCGUAAGUGGAAGCUUACGUUUAACAGUGGAUAGUUAAAAGCUGGUACGAUAAUAUCGGCAUUCAUUAUGACGGGAGACAAUGCGAACAGUGUGGCGUUAGCGCAUUACUCUGUACACGCUAAUCUGGCGUCACGACACGCAUUAUUCUUCAUUAAACAGCCACCAGGCCGCGUUGCGACCGCGUCGUAUUCCCGUACGUCUGACGGCAUUUAUCAUUGUUUUGAGACCUGCAUCGCUCUGUAUAAAGCUAAGUACAUUGAGCUGGGGGGAAAGGGAUUGUUAGUAAUGGAGUCAAAUAGCCCUAUUACUAGCAAUAUACCCUGUCAGAUCGACCUCCACGUGGCUCCCCCUGGAAACCAUCGUGACUAAUUCUAGUUUAAUUCGUCAGGGCUAAUUGACCUACUUCAUUCUCACCUAUCAUCCUUCACUGGUGCCCUACCGGUGUAUACCGAUAGCACGGGUGGGGUUUGCCAUUCCAUUAUCACCCAUUACAAAAAAAGUACAUUGAGCUCAGCUGAAAUGAGACUUUUUCAAGUCUGAAUAUCCACUGUGAGUGAGUUUCUAACGAUUGUGUUAAUUAUAAAUUACAAAAAAAAAAAAACAUUUAUGUCGAAACGAAUAAUUCUUUUUUCUGAGAUGAAAACAGAAUACUAUGCCCGCCUUUGCUAUCGGUUUACGCUAGUAGGACACCAGUAAGAGAUGAUGGGUGAAAAUGAAAGAUUAUUUGGCAUAUGGUGAUUAAUUCAACAAAAAUUAACCAAGAUGGCUUCAUGGGUGAAUAGACUUUGGUCUGAUAGUUACUUUGAUAGUUGAUACUUUGUACAAAAGUCGAUUGCUUGGGUACCUCUGUCCCACUCGUGUUUCAACCGUGAAGCAGUUGUGUUUGCAUGGCUGUGUUUUGGUUUGAAGGGUGGGAUAUGGCGUGAAUUUAUUGAGUACAGAGGAACAACACCUGAGUCCUCAGGAAUGGCAACGCAUGGGGGAUAUCAUGAGCGAAACUGUAUACUCUGUUAUGUCCAUGGUACUGCUCAUGUGUAUGGUAUAGGCGACGUUUACCACUUUCUAUCAGGUGGACCGUCAGCUUGUUUGCCAUUCUAAGUUCUAUAAAAAAAAAAAAAAACCUUUAACAUCCCAUUAUUAACGACCCCUUUUCUUGAAUGUAGAUAGAAGGUGACAUAGGUACUCACACAUAUGACUUAACAGUCUCCUAAAAUACUCAGAUCUUCUCCAUACAGUUCAGAGUGUGGGAAUGAUAGGUUUUUCUAGGCUAAAUGAUAGGAGCCCAAGAAGUACGGGAUGGGAAUUUUGAAUACAUUUAAUCCAUGCAAAAAAAUUAUACCCCACAUCUUUGUAUUUUCAGAACAUAUUUGAGAUGAUGAGUUCGUUCCCGUGGGUGUUGUAAGAGACGACUAAGGGAGGGCGUAGGAUGGGCAGCAGCGUCCCUCUUAAAACAUUUUCAAAGCCUUACUGCGCCUACUAAAUACGACAACUAGAUAGAUAGAUAAUUUAUUUACAUUACUUACAGCACACAAAUUACAAUAAAAAAAAACAUACACAAAAUACAUAAUAAAAGAGAUAAAAUAAUAAAAAUAAAAAAGCACAAAACAAACAAAAAUACAAAAUAUAUAAACUAACAAUCUCCUUUCUUCCCUUCCUUCACGCGUGUACCAUAGUAACGUAAAAUGGUCACAUCUCAGUUUAUUGCUUUGCCCUUAAAAGAGCAAAACACUGAUAUUCUGCUGUGGCCAAGAGUCAGUCGCGAACUACUGGCAAAAGCCCCUGGGGGAGGCUUACGUUCACCAGUGGACAGUAUGAUGAUACAUAAAUAUUAAAUGUAUUACCUGUAACUUUAACUUAAUCAUGAUUUCUUUUCUUUCAGGUAAGAAUGAUUACAGCAGCCGUGCUGUGAACCUGUAUCUAUUAUCUAUUUUCCUGCAAGUAUACACGUGGACUGUACUCCUGGUGGCGACACUGGUCUCAGGCGAUCUGUUCUCGAAGGCAACUAGAACGAAAGCUGACGAUCGAGAUCUCAGGAACAGCGUCUUCGACUUCAUUAUUGUGGGGGGCGGCACCGCUGGUUGCAUCCUCGCUAACAGAUUGUCCGCUGUACCUAGUUGGAAGAUCCUACUCAUAGAAGCAGGAGAUGACGAAAACAUAGACUACGACAUCCCAGGUGUACCAACGAAAGACUAUCGACCUAUUCUCUGGAAUUAUAGAACAGAACGAACCGGCUUCUCCUGUCUCUCCAGACCUGGAGGUAGCUGCGAAGUCAGGACUGGAAAAGUGUUGGGAGGAUCUAGUGUGACAAAUGAUAUGAAAUACACGAGAGGCUCCAAAGUAGAUUACGAUGGAUGGCACAGUGCUGGAGCACUGGGAUCUCUAGAUUGGAAGUUUGCUAACGUUAUUGAUUUCUUCAAAGCCUCCGAAGACAAUGGUGACUACGAUAUUCUGUUAAAUUCAAUGUAUCAUUCUCGAGGAGGAGAGAUGCAUGUUCAGAAGUUCAAAUAUGCAGAUAAAUUUAUAGAGAUGUUUACAUCUGCAUUUACGGAAAUGGGUUUACGAAGUCUUGACAUUAAUACUAACGUUGCAGAAGCUGUAGUUAAUCAUCAAUUCGCCAUAUCUAAUAAUACCAGAUUGAGUACUAAUAGUGCAUUUCUAAAGCCAGUUAGACAUCGAAAAAACUUGGUUGUCAUAACAGGCGCGACUGUAACAAAAAUUGUUACAGAUAAACAGGAAAAAACUGUAGAAGGAAUACUGUACGAAAUAGAAAAAGGCAAAGAACAUCCAGCAUAUGCUAAAAGAGAAGUUAUUCUAACUGGUGGUGCUAUUAAUAACGUUAAACUAUUGCAUAUGUCAGGUAUUGGACCUAAAGCCGAUUUAAUAAAACACAAUAUAUCUGUCAUACUUGAUCUUCCCGUGGGCUUAAAUUAUCAAGAUCAAGUAACUACUGGAGGUCUUUCUUUUUCUCUAGGUGAAGUUAUAGUUAGUGAAAGUACUAUAAUCAAUGAUUUUAAAAAUUGGUUCCAAUCACGUAAUGGUCCUUUAGCAUCUAGAGGUAUAAAUCAGGUAUCUGCAUUUAUUCAAUUGUAUGAAGGAGUUAAUGCUCCUGAUGUUGAACUAGCCCUAGAAGGUAAUUUUGUUAGAACUGAUAAGUUCAUGCUUAAUAACAUUAGCGUACAUAUAUCGGAAGAGAUUAAUUUUCCACUACCGUAUUAUAAUUUAGUAAAUAUUUAUCCUAUAUUGCUUAGACCCAAGAGCAAAGGAAAAGUAAUGCUACACAAAAAGAAUCCUAAAUAUGGUAGACCAGUUAUACAAGCAAAUUUGUUAAAAGAAACAGAAGAUUUGGUUACACUAGUUGAUAGCAUAGAUAUAGCAUUACAGCUACUUGUUACAAAGGAAAUGAAGAAAGCGGAAAUCAAACUAGCACCAAUAGAUCUGUUUCCUUGUGACAGAUUAAGAAAUAGAGAACAAUGGAACUGUAUAUCAAGACAUUAUACUAAAGCUAUGAGUAAUCCUAUAGGGACUUGUCAGAUGGGAGAAAACAAGACUAUUUCAGUUGUAGAUUACGAAUUAAAAGUUCAUGGAUUAGAAGGAUUGCGAAUUGCUGAUGCUUCCGUAAUGCCUACUCAUGUACGUGGUGGUAUAUUUGCUCCAACAAUGAUGAUUGCGGAGAAAGCUUCUAAUAUAAUACUCAAAGACUGGAAGGAAAAUAAAGGAUAUUAUUAUAACACUAGAUAAAAUAAUAUUGUUUUAUCCUGUCUAUAGUUAUUAUUUAAAGUUUAUUAAAGUUAUUACUUAAUACCAA